CGGCGGCCUGCGGCAGGGGGAGGCUAUUGUCCUCCUUGGCGGCGCCGCAAUCCCGCCGCUCGCGCCCGCGCGCCGCCGCCACGCGCCCUGCCGCCGCCGGCUCCCGCGCGCCCCCCGCGCCGCUCACGCCCCGUGACGGAGCCCGCCCGCCGCUCGCCGCCUGCAACCGGCUGUCGCGGCCGGUCUGAGGGCGCCCGACAGCCGGUGCGCCCCAGCCCCGCGCCCCUCGCCCGGCGCUCCGCACCCAGGAGCAGGAAGUCGUCCCCACCAUGAGCAGCACUCUGUCGCCCACAGACUUCGACAGCUUGGAGAUCCAGGGCCAGUACAGUGACAUCAACAACCGCUGGGACCUGCCGGACACCGACUGGGACAAUGACAGCAGCUCUGCCCGCCUCUUCGAGCGGUCCCGUAUUAAAGCCCUGGCAGAUGAGCGCGAAGCCGUGCAGAAGAAAACCUUUACCAAGUGGGUGAACUCGCACCUGGCCCGGGUGACCUGCCGGGUGGGAGAUCUGUACAGUGACCUCCGGGAUGGGCGCAACCUCCUGAGGCUCCUCGAGGUGCUCUCGGGGGAGACACUGCCAAAACCCACCAAGGGCCGUAUGCGGAUCCACUGCCUGGAGAAUGUGGACAAGGCGCUGCAGUUCCUGAAGGAGCAGAAGGUGCAUCUGGAGAACAUGGGCUCGCAUGACAUCGUCGACGGGAACCACCGGCUGACCCUGGGGCUUGUCUGGACCAUCAUCCUCCGCUUCCAGAUCCAGGACAUCAGUGUGGAGACAGAGGACAACAAGGAGAAGAAGUCGGCCAAGGACGCCCUGCUGCUCUGGUGCCAGAUGAAGACUGCAGGCUAUCCCAACGUCAACGUGCACAACUUCACCACAAGCUGGAGGGACGGCCUGGCCUUCAAUGCCAUUGUACAUAAGCACCGGCCAGACCUGCUGGAUUUUGAGUCCCUGAAGAAGUGUAAUGCACACUACAACCUACAGAAUGCCUUCAAUCUGGCCGAGAAGGAGCUGGGGCUGACCAAGCUGCUUGACCCUGAAGAUGUGAAUGUGGAUCAACCAGAUGAGAAGUCCAUCAUUACCUAUGUGGCCACCUACUACCACUACUUCUCCAAGAUGAAGGCCCUGGCUGUGGAAGGCAAAAGAAUUGGCAAGGUGCUGGACCACGCCAUGGAGGCCGAGCGCCUGGUGGAGAAGUACGAGUCCUUGGCCUCCGAGUUGCUGCAGUGGAUCGAGCAGACGAUCGUGACCCUCAAUGACCGCCAGCUGGCCAACUCCCUGAGCGGUGUCCAGAACCAACUGCAGUCCUUCAAUUCCUACCGCACUGUGGAGAAGCCGCCUAAGUUCACCGAGAAAGGGAACCUGGAAGUGCUGCUGUUCACCAUCCAGAGCAAGCUGCGUGCCAACAACCAGAAGGUGUAUGCGCCCCGCGAGGGCCGGCUCAUCUCCGACAUCAACAAGGCCUGGGAGCGGCUGGAGAAGGCGGAACAUGAGCGUGAGCUGGCUCUGCGUACGGAGCUGAUCCGUCAGGAGAAGCUGGAGCAGCUGGCCGCCCGCUUCGACCGCAAGGCCGCCAUGCGAGAGACAUGGCUCAGUGAGAACCAGCGCCUCGUAUCGCAGGAUAACUUUGGGCUGGAGCUGGCGGCCGUGGAGGCGGCAGUGCGCAAGCACGAGGCCAUUGAGACCGACAUCGUGGCCUACAGUGGCCGGGUACAGGCAGUGGACGCCGUGGCCGCGGAGCUGGCCGCAGAGCGCUACCACGACAUCAAACGCAUCGCCGCGCGGCAGCACAACGUGGCGCGGCUCUGGGACUUCCUGCGGGAGAUGGUGGCUGCCCGACGGGAGCGGCUGCUGCUGAGCCUUGAGCUGCACAAGGUGCUUCAGGACCUGGUCUACCUCAUGGACUGGAUGGAGGAGAUGAAGGGUCGGCUGCAGUCCCAGGACCUGGGCAAGCACCUGGCCGGCGUGGAGGACCUGCUGCAGCUGCACGAGCUGGUGGAAGCCGACAUUGCUGCGCAGGCCGAGCGAGUGCGUGCAGUCAGUGGCUCAGCCCUGCGCUUCUGCGACCCAGGGAAAGAGUACCGACCCUGUGAUCCGCAGCUGGUGCGGGAGCGUGUGGCCGCCCUGGAGCAGAGCUAUGAGGCGCUGUGCGAGCUGGCGGCCGCCCGCCGGGCCCGGCUGCAGGAGUCCCGGCGCCUCUGGCGGUUCCUGUGGGAGGUGGGCGAGGCCGAGGCCUGGGUGCGGGAGCAGCAGCACCUCUUGGCUUCGGCCGACACUGGCCGGGACCUGACUGGAGUCCUCCGCCUGCUGAACAAGCACGCGGCCCUGCGAGGCGAGAUGAGCGGGCGCCUGGGGCCCCUGAAGCUCACCCUGGAGCAGGGCCGGCAGCUGGUGGCCGAGGGCCACCCAGGAGCCAGCCAGGCUGCGGGCCGCGCUGCGGAGCUCCAGGGGCAGUGGGAGCGGCUGGAGGCCCUGGCCGAGGAGCGCGCCGAGCGGCUGUCGCAGGCCGCCGGCCUCUACCAGUUCCAGGCCGAUGCCAACGACAUGGAGGCCUGGCUGCUGGAUGCCCUGCGCCUGGUGUCCAGCCCCGAGCUGGGGCACGACGAGUUCUCCACACAGGCCCUGGCCAGGCAGCACCGCGCCCUGGAGGAGGAGAUCCGAGGCCAUAGGCCCACCCUGGAGGCCCUGAAGGAGCAGGCCGCUGCCCUGCCAGCUACCCUGAGCCACGAGGCUGAGGUGCAGGGCCGGGUGCCCGCGCUGGAGCAGCAUUACGAGGAGCUGCAGACCCAGGCAGGCGAGCGGGCCCGGGCCCUGGAGGCAGCCCUGGCGUUGUACACCAUGCUCAGUGAGGCUGGCGCCUGCGGGCUCUGGGUGGAGGAGAAGGAGCAGUGGCUGAACGGGCUGGCCCUGCCGGAGCGCCUGGAGGACCUGGAGGUGGUACAGCAGAGGUUUGAGACCCUGGAGCCGGAAAUGAACGCCCUGGCAGCACGCAUAAGUGCUGUGAACGACAUUGCUGAGCAGCUGCUGAGAGCCAACCCCCCGAACCCCGAGCGCAUCGUCAGUACCCAGGAGCAGCUCAACCACAGGUGGCAGCAGUUCCGGUCCCUGGCAGAUGGCAAGAAGGCAGCCCUUAUGUCCGCCCUGAGCAUCCAGAACUACUACCUGGAGUGCACCGAGACCCAGUCAUGGAUGAGGGAGAAGACCAAAGUCAUCGAGUCCACCCAGGGCCUGGGCAAUGACCUGGCCGGGGUCCUGGCCUUGCAGCGCAAGCUAGCCGGCACCGAGCGCGACCUGGAGGCCAUCGCCGCCCGUGUGGGGGAACUGACCCGAGAGGCCAACGCUUUGGCUGCUGGCCACCCGGCCCAAGCCUCCGCCAUCACCGCCCGGCUGGGAGAGGUGCAGGCGGGCUGGGAGGACCUCAGGGCCACCAUGCGGCGUCGAGAGGAGUCGCUGGGCGAGGCGCGGCGGCUGCAGGACUUCCUGCGCAGCUUGGAUGACUUCCAGGCCUGGCUGGGCCGCACGCAGACCGCUGUGGCCUCCGAUGAAGGGCCGGCCACCCUUCCCGAGGCCGAGGCCCUCCUGGCCCAGCAUGCGGCCCUGCGGGGAGAGGUGGAGAGGGCCCGGGGCGAGUACAGCCGGCUGCGGACCCUGGGCGAAGAGGUGACCCGGGACCAGGCCGACCCCCAGUGUCUCUUCUUGCGCCAGCGGCUAGAAGCCCUAGGGACUGGCUGGGAAGAGCUGGGCCGCAUGUGGGAGAGCCGGCAAGGCCGCCUGGCACAGGCGCAUGGCUUCCAGGGGUUCCUGCGAGAUGCACGCCAGGCCGAAGGUGUGCUCAGCAGCCAGGAAUACGUCCUGUCCCACACGGAGAUGCCAGGGACGCUGCAGGCUGCUGACGCCGCCAUCAAAAAACUGGAAGAUUUUCUGAGUACUAUGGACGCCAACGGGGAGCGCAUCCGUGGGCUGCUGGAGGCCGGGCGCCAGCUGGUGUCGGAGGGCAACAUCCAUGCCGAGAAGAUCCGGGAGAAGGCAGGCUCCAUCGAAAACAGACACCGGACGAACCAGCAAGCCGUGCAGGAACUCCUGAGUCGGCUGCGGGACAAUCGCGAGCAGCAGUGUUUCCUGCAGGACUGCCAUGAGCUGAAACUGUGGAUAGAUGAGAAGAUGCUCACAGCCCAGGAUGUGUCCUAUGACGAAGCCCGCAACCUGCACACCAAGUGGCAGAAGCACCAGGCGUUCAUGGCCGAGCUGGCUGCUAACAAGGACUGGCUGGACAAGGUGGACAAGGAAGGGCAAGAGCUGACUCAGGAGAAACCGGAGCUGAAAGCCCUGGUGUCGGAGAAGCUGGGAGACCUGCACAGGCGCUGGGACGAGCUGGAGACCACCACCCAGGCCAAGGCCCGCAGCCUCUUCGACGCCAACCGAGCCGAACUCUUCGCGCAGAGCUGCUCAGCCCUGGAGAGCUGGCUGGAGAGCCUGCAGGCCCAGCUGCACUCGGAUGACUACGGCAAGGACCUCACCAGUGUCAACAUCCUGCUCAAGAAGCAGCAGAUGCUGGAGCGGGAAAUGGCUGUGCGGGAAAAGGAGGUGGAGGCGAUCCAGGCACAGGCGAAGGCACUGGCCCAGGAGGACCAGGGCGCCGGCGAGGUGGAAAGGACCUCGAGAGCUGUGGAGGAGAAGUUCCGGGCCCUGGAGCAGCCACUGCGUGAGCGCUGCAGGCGCCUGCAGGCCUCGCGCGAGCAGCACCAGUUCCACCGAGAUGUGGAGGACGAGCUCUUGUGGGUGACAGAGCGGCUCCCCAUGGCCAGCUCCAUGGAACAUGGCAAAGAUCUGCCCAGCGUCCAGCUGCUCAUGAAGAAAAACCAGACCCUGCAGAAGGAGAUCCAGGGCCACGAGCCCCGGAUUGCUGACCUGACGGAGCGACAGCGUGCCCUGGGCCCUGCCGCGGCAGGCCCUGAGCUGGCCGAGCUGCAGGAGAUGUGGAAGCGCCUGAGCCGUGAGCUGGAGCUCCGGGGCAAGCGGCUGGAGGAGGCCCUGCGGGCCCAGCAGUUCUACCGAGAUGCCGCCGAGGCCGAGGCCUGGAUGGGCGAGCAGGAGUUGCACAUGAUGGGUCAGGAGACAGCCAAGGAUGAGCCCAGUGCCCAGGCAGAGGUCAAGAAGCAUCAGGUGUUGGAGCAGGCCCUGGCCGACUACGCCCAGACCAUCCACCAGCUCGCAGCCAGCAGCCAAGACAUGAUUGACCACGAGCACCCUGAGAGCACGCGGCUGUCGAUCCGCCAAGCCCAGGUGGACAAGCUGUACGCUGGCCUGAAGGAGCUGGCGGGGGAGCGGCGACAGCGGUUGCAGGAGCACCUGCGGCUCUGCCAGCUGCGCCGCGAGCUGGACGACCUGGAGCAGUGGAUCCAGGAGCGUGAGGUGGUGGCAGCCUCCCACGAGCUGGGCCAGGACUAUGAGCACGUGACCAUGCUCCGGGACAAAUUUCGCGAGUUCUCCAGGGACACAAGCACCAUUGGCCAGGAACGAAUGGACAGUGCCAACACGCUGGCCAACGGGCUCAUCUCCGGGGGCCACGCGGCGGGGGCCACUGUGGCCGAGUGGAAGGAUGGCCUCAAUGAGGCCUGGGCCGAUCUACUCGAGCUGCUGGACACGCGGGGCCAGGUGCUGGCCGCGGCCUAUGAGCUGCAGCGCUUCCUGCACGCAGCGCGCCAGGCGCUGGCCCGGGUGCAGCACAAGCAGCAGCAGCUCUCAGAUGGCACCGGCCGGGACCUCAACGCCGCCGAGGCCCUGCAGCGCCGCCACUGCGCCUACGAGCACGACAUCCAGGCCCUCAGCACCCAGGUCCAGCAGGUGCAGGACGACGGCAUCCGGCUGCAGAAGGCCUACGCUGGAGAUAAGGCGGAAGAGAUCGGCCGCCACAUGCAGGCCGUGGCUGAGGCCUGGGCCCAGCUCCAGGCCAGCUCAGCCGCCCGCCGCCAGCUAUUGCUAGACACCACAGACAAGUUCCGCUUCUUCAAGGCUGUCCGGGAGCUGAUGCUGUGGAUGGAUGGGGUUAACCUGCAGAUGGACGCCCAGGAGCGGCCCCGGGACGUGUCCUCCGCCGACCUAGUCAUCAAGAACCAGCAGGGCAUCAAGGCGGAAAUCGAGGCCAGAGCCGACCGCUUCUCCUCCUGCAUCGACAUGGGGCAGGAGCUGCUGGCCAGGGGCCACUACGCGGCCGAGGAGAUUUCAGAGACACUCUCCCAGCUGCAGGCGCGGCGCCAGGAGACAGCUGACAAGUGGCAGGAGAAGAUGGACUGGCUGCAGCUUGUUUUGGAGGUGCUCAUGUUUGCGAGAGACGCGGGCAUGGCGGAGGCUUGGCUUUGCAGCCAGGAGCCCCUGGUGCGAAGUGCAGAGCUGGGCUGCACGGUCGAUGAAGUUGAGAGCCUCAUCAAGCGGCACGAAGCCUUCCAGAAGUCUGCGGUGGCCUGGGAGGAGCGCUUCAGCGCGCUGGAGAAGCUCACUGCGCUGGAGGAGCGGGAGAAGGAGAGGAGGCAGAAGGAGGAGGAAGAGCGGCGGAAGCAGCCACCUGCCGCUGAGCACCCGGCUCGUCAGCCCACGGGGACCCUGGGGGACAGUCAGACAGCUCCUGACGGUGCCUGGGAGCGAACUCAGUCGCCGCUGCCGACGUCCACACAGGCGCCCAGCGUUAACGGGGUCUGCACAGACACCGAAGCCUCGCAGGGGUCAGGCCCAGUGGAUGAGGUCAACGGACUGCAGGGGGGCAAGCAAGCCCGGCCCCGGGGUGCUGCCCCCACCGCGGCACUACCCCAGAGCAGGUCAUCAGAGCCUGCCCAGGUGGCCACCCUGCCAGCCCGGGGCCCCGAACUCUCGGCCCAGGAGCAGAUGGAAGGCAUGCUGUGUCGUAAGCAGGAGAUGGAGGCCUUGGGCAAGAAGGCUGCCAACAGGUCCUGGCAGAACGUGUACUGUGUACUACGACGUGGGAGCCUGGGCUUCUACAAGGAUGCCAAGGCAGCUGGCGCAGGCAUACCCUAUCACGGGGAGGUGCCUGUGAGCCUGGCCAGGGCCCAGGGCAGUGUGGCCUUCGAUUACCGGAAGCGCAAACAUGUCUUCAAGCUGGGCUUACAGGAUGGGAAAGAAUACUUAUUCCAGGCCAGGGAUGAGGCCGAGAUGAGCUCAUGGCUGCGGGUGGUGAAUGCAGCCAUCGCUGCUGCCUCCUCCGGGGAGCCCGAAGAGCCACCGGCAGCGCCCAGCGGCCACCGGGGCAUGACCCGGGCCAUGACCAUGCCCCCCGUGUCCCCCGCUGGGGCCGAGGGCCCCGUCGUGCUCCGAGGCAAGGACGGCCGAGAGCGAGAGCGAGAGAAACGCUUCAGCUUCUUCAAGAAGAACAAGUAGCGGAGGGCAGGACUCCCCGCCGGCCGACUCUCGCCCUUUGCCUUCGGGAAACUGCCAGGGACUGGCCCUCCCGCCAGGACAACCGCCUGCUGCUAGGGGCCGUUGCCAAGGUCAGUCCAUCACCAGGAACUGUCAGCUGGGACAAGUCCACAUGCCCCAGAACGACCCUUCUUUCCUGCGGUUUGAUUCCAGACUGGUGGUGGGGGGCCCAGGCAACCCCCAAUCCCAACUCCCCACUCUUCCCCAUCCCCCCUUCUGCCACCACCAUGCGAUGACCGUAGGCCACGUGGGAAACGUGCCCCUGCCUCAGGACCACCCUCCCACCGCAGCCCCAGCUCCCUGCCCCAUGCCCCACGCUUCUACCACCACCACCCAGGGGUGGGGGGACUAGCCAGGAACCCCUCAGAGCUGAAAUAGGACCGGGGUGGGGAGGCUAGAGCGCCA